GCGUCAGGAGCAGCAGAGAGUGGGGGGCGGGGGUGAGGCGGAGCAGAGGGCGGACAGAGAUGGAGAUGGGUGUCGUCUGCGCGAAGGUAGCCACCGAUCGAGGAAUGAUGCCGCCUCCACGAAGGAAGGGUGGCCAAUGAAAAGUUCUGACGACGUCCCUCGGAAUCCCUGACUACAAAGCUGAUUUCUUGUCGCCUUUGCUGCACGCGUUUCACUCGUCCAUAUUCGCCUCUAAGAGGUUUUGAGCUCCAAGGAGUAUCUCUGUUCUUGUUUCUGGUCGUGGGGGUACACUCGACGCUUUGGAGCACGAGGGCAAGAAGAGCUAUGGGGCGAGGACAAAGAGUUUGCUGGAUUGUACUCCUGACGCUUGUGAGCGUCCAAUGUGUCAGAGGGAAUGUGGGCUCAGAGGGUCUUGAGAAAAUAGGCAGUCUUGAACGUGCUGAGGUUGACGGACAGGCGGAAUUGUCUAAUCUCGAAUAUGGAGCUGACUUCGAUUACUAUGUGUUCUCCCAGCAGUGGCCUGGAACCUUUUGCAGGACCAAGUCGAGUUGCUGCAAUAAGGUUGUCAAGCCCGUGAAGUUUACCGUUCAUGGUUUAUGGCCUGAAAAUGAAGAUAACACGUGGCCAUCUUGCUGCAGUGGUCCGGGCUUCGAUGAAUCGAAGGUUGCAGAGCUUUAUGAUUAUCUAGUUGAAUACUGGCCUACCCUCAGCUGCAACUCUCCCAAGCAGUGUAAAGGAAGAAAAUCAGGCCCGUAUGGAUUCUGGCAGCAUGAGUGGGAAAAGCAUGGAACAUGCUCUUAUCCUAUCAUCCCCGACGAGGCUACUUACUUUUCAGUGGGUUUGAAUCUACAUCUGCGAUAUGAUAUUUCGAAAAUUCUCUCUGAUGCGGGUUUCAUUCCUAGCCAAAAAAGGUACAAAACCAGUGAGAUGAAAGCAGCAGUAAGUGAUGCCAUUGGAGCCAAGCCAGCUUUUUCUUGCAAGGGCCAGCUGAUUAACGAAAUCUGGGUGUGCCUGACUAAAGACUUGAAGAUUCGUGACUGUGGAAUGCCAGCCAAAUCAUGCGGAACCUACACUCAGAUUCCUCCUUUUGUAACUAAACUAGAGUCGUACGAAGAAGAUCUCGUUGACAUGUUGUGACUCAGUCAAGUGACAAUCAGCAGAUAGUCUCGUGAAAUGCCGGAGUAAAUAAACACAUGUUCAUACUUCACACUGUAUAAAUGACAUUUUUAGAGAACGAGUCCACUUAAAGAAUAUGUUAUCAUUAAUGUACUCUCUCUAAGGUCUCGGCUAAAGCCAAUUUCUAUUUUUUUUAUUUUCUGCCCGGUAAGCGCGAGAAAAUAUCACUUGGAAUUCCCUGCUUCCAAGACCGUAUCGUGCAAGAGGUACUGAAAAUGCUUCUAGAGCCUAUCUAUGAAUCAAUAUUCUCUCGGAGAUCCCACGGCUGGCGACCUGGUCGUAGCGCGCACGGCUCUACGAACCGUACGCAGCGAUUUCAAAGAAACUAAUUGGAUUGUACCAGGCAACACUAACAGGCCUCGUACUGCAGUACCCUAUCUCAAAUUUAUCUCUAGACUCAGAAAUGGGAUAUAUGUGUGAACUUUGGGUUCUGGAGUACCUAUUUACGUUCCUUCAAUAUCGUAGUCGGACUAAUUUCGUACAGACAGCUUGACUGAGCAGCAGCUGGGUGAUAGAGUGAUUAUGAUGGAUGUGAAUGGAAAUGUCACAUUCAACGUAACUGUCAGAUUAGACUCCGUCAUGCGCCAUUGUAGAAGUAGACUAAACGAGUGUAACAACUUUCAUUGCAGCAAGUGCAGGUCGUCCAAUGUAAGGAGGUAAGUGGCAAGGCGGAAGACAUGCAAAUCAUUCGUUUUAAAUUGUAGAAAGACCAAAACAUUCAAUAUAGAGCUCCCAAAGGCAAAUCUGAUGAGAUAUUUGUUUGAUAGUACACAUCGGAACAUAAAUUGUUUGAUGGAAGUCAUCAAGUUUAGUUUUACCCAUGAGACCC